CAUGGCCAGAAAAGAGGAACCCCUCAGGGCUGUAUAUAAAUCAAUCGGCCUCUUGAGUUGGACAACCAAGGGCAUUUCUACACGUAACACAGCACUGUGCCAGAGAACUGAAGUCAUUGAAGUCCAUACCUCAUGGAGGCUGUCUCCAGCGGUCCACACCGAGCCUCAGGAUUCCUAUCAUCUUUUAAAAGAAGACUAUCUUCCAUGUUGACGUUCCAAUGGGGUGUAUAUUCCAAACCUUCCCCGGCGAACACGUUAGAGGUCUUCAUCCUCUUCUGUUUCUGUCUCAUCAUCGGUGCAGCGAUAGGAGGUCUUCUACACGUCUGGAUGGUCUACAGUCUGAACUACCAGCCCUUUCCGUCAAUGGUGGUGUCCAGUACCUGGGGCUGUAUAGUAGUCCUGCUGUUGCUCCUCCUUCACCCCGUCCGCUGUGUCCUCUCUAUCUCAGUGCCCUCCCUGGGAACCAAACAGGGCAGGAAGAUCCUCAUCUCCACCGCCCUGGUUAUUGUGGUGACCAGCUGCAUCCCCAACAUGACCAGGAAUUUGAGCCGCUCCGUUGACAUGAUCAAGUGCUCCUCCCACAGCACCGCCGAGAGAAUCCUGGCCUCCACCAGUCAAGUAAACAACGCCCUACACGACAUGAAGGAUUUCAUCGGAAGCAUACCGAGAAUUGUGAACAGCGAGCGGUUCUUGCAGAUCGAGCAGAAAGUGGAUGUUGAGGAGAUGAAGAUGGAUAUCAGAAACGCCUCGGCCAGACUGAAGGCUGAGUUCAAAGCCAUGCAGGAUACUCUGGAGGUCACAGGUCACGUGGCCCAGAAGGUCAUCGCCUCCUCCUUCAUCAUGCUGCUGCUGGGGAGUUCUGCCAGUUACCUGGUCAGGUUUCUCACAGACCUAAAGCACGACAAUGUGUGUCAGACACGCCGGCUACAGGAGUUACUGAGGGCCCGGGGGGUGGAGGAGCUCCCAGAGGACUACAGAAAGAGGCUGGUGAGGACCAGGGGCUGGAGGAUGACACAGAGGGAGCUGAGACGAUGCCUGUGGGGAGGCACCAUCCUGGGCUUCUACUGCCUGAUAUGUGCCCUGGUCCUAGGGCUCGACCACCUCAUCUACUCUGUCCUGCAGACGUCUCUGAGCUGGGCACAGGACAUUCCUGAGGUGAAAACUACCAUCUCACUCCAUGUGAAGAUUACAGUCCUGAUCAUUGGCUUAAUCCGUAAACCUGUGGGAGAAAUGAACAAAGAGUAUCGCUACAGGAUCCUGCUGUUGCCCCCGGACUGCGUACGUCCCCUGUCCCCCCCAGACCCGUCUGUCCUCUCCACCACCGCAGCCCUCUUCCUCACCGCCCUGGUCAUGAUUCUGGGAGAGGUGUUCUCCAGGAGGAUCAGGAGGAAGAUCUGCUCGUCCUUCUACAGAGACAGAGAGGAGGAACGAGCCUUGUACCUGCGGGACAAGAUUCUAUUAAAGCUGGAGGAUGAGGGAAAUAUUUCCUAGAUCGGUAAACUGGAAGGCGGAUCAGACCAUACACCUCGGGAACAAGAUUCUACUGCAGACCACCGAUGACUGGAAAUGAACAAGAUUCUACUGCAGACCAACGAUGACUGGAAAUGAACAAGAUUCUACUGCAGACCAACGAUGACUGGAAAUGAACAAGAUUCUACUGCAGACCACCGAUGACUGGAAAUGAACAAGAUUCUACUGCAGACCAACGAUGACUGGAAAUGAACAAGAUUCUACUGCAGACCAACGAUGACUGGAAAUGAACAAGAUUCUACUGCAGACCACCGAUGACUGGAAAUGAACAAGAUUCUACUGCAGACCAACGAUGACUAGAAAUGAACAAGAUUCUACUGCAGACCAACGAUGACUAGAAAUUAACAAGAUUCUACUGCAGACCAACGAUGACUAGAAAUGAACAAGAUUCUACAUAUACAUUAAUCAAUCAAUCAUGUCAAUAAGAUAAUUGACUGUAAAUCUUAUUAAAAUCAGCAUUACCUAUC